ACCAAGCGAAUUUUGGCUCAUUUAAGACGAUAUAGAAUUUGUACAGAAAUUGAAGUAGUCGCCCUGGAGCGGUACGCGAUGCUUUCUCACGCCGACCUCCUGGAUGCUCGGCUCGGUGAGUUGUCCUCACUAAACUCCGGGGCUAAACUCCACUGGAUGAAAGAUGCGGCGGAGUUACUCGGACACAGAGAAGCUCUUAAGUGUCGCUUGGGCGGUGGAGUACCGGAUCAUCCCGGGGACAUGGCUCCUGGCUCCGAGUCCGUGGAAGGAACCACGCUUCUCCCCGGCGAAGACAUCACCACGGUGGGAUCCAACUCUGCCGUCAUGUCGGUCAAUGGGAAGGAACCAGAGAAGCAGCAGCAGCCUCAGCAGCAGCAACAGCAACAGAACUCCGGUCCAAACAGCAACAGCACCAGCCAGCAGAAACAGAAGCGGCACCGGACACGUUUCACUCCGGCCCAGCUGAACGAGCUGGAGCGCAGCUUCGCCAAAACCCACUACCCUGACAUCUUUAUGAGGGAGGAGCUGGCGCUGAGGAUCGGCCUCACCGAGUCCCGAGUCCAGGUUUGGUUCCAGAACAGACGCGCCAAGUGGAAGAAGAGGAAGAAGACCACCAACGUGUUCCGCGCGCCGGGGACGCUGCUGCCCACGCCGGGUCUGCCACAGUUCUCCGCGGCGGCCGCCAUGGAGAACAGCCUGUGCUCCUUCCACGCCAACGACUCCCGCUGGGCCACGGGGAUGCCGGGGGUCUCUCAACUGCAGCUGCCCCCGGCCCUCGGCCGCCAGCCCGGAAUGGCCCAGUCGCUGUCCCAGUGCAGUCUGGGUCACGGCCCCCCGCCCAACACCAUGGCCCUAUCCAACGGCCUGUCCUCCAACGGCUCCGGGCUACAGUCUCACCUCUACCAGACGCCUUUCCCCGGCAUGUCGGCAUCUCUCUCCGGACCCACGAACGUGUCGGGCUCCCCGCAGCUGUGCACUUCCCCGGACAGUGACAUGUGGAGAGGGACCAGCAUCGCGUCCCUGCGGCGUAAAGCUCUGGAGCACACAGUCUCCAUGAGCUUCACCUAGUGACUGGUCCCCCACAGGAACCCUCCACAGCACCCCGCGACCCCUUUUCAUGUUUGAGUCUUGAUAUCUAAAAACAAGCGAGAGAGUCACUGCGACGCGUGGAAGAUGUCGAACGAGUGACAGUGAAAGUCAUCCGAGUGCAGGACUCAAUAUUCAGGCUAAAAGUCGCACAAUUACGUGAAAACAAGUCAACAAAGUCGAUUGAUUCACUUGGGGGGAAAAAAUCAGAUCUUUUCUGAAUUUGAAAAUAAAAAGAAAUUUACAAUUACUACAUCGUACAUUAUAUAUCAUAUAUAGACACAAUAUAGACAAUACAGACAAUACAACAACAGACAAUACAAUAUAGACACAAUUUGACCAAAGAAUAUUCUGUUAAAGAUGUUUUCUUCUUGAGAAAACAUAUUUGUAACCAAAAUGGAGGAUUUAAUGAAGAUACCAAAGCUUCACUUGUCUUAAAAUGAAUAUUGCUCUCUAAACUUAAUUUUGUCUCUCGUUGUUCUGACUCAAUCACUGUAGAUUAUAUUUAUUUUCUUAUUUAUUUAUUUAUUUGCUUAUUUAUUUAGUAAUUCAUUUGUGUAGAGCAAGGUCGCAAAAGAAGGUGACGAUUAAUCGCAUCUUUGUUAUGAAGCAGAACACAUUAAACUGACGGGCAACACAAUUUGAGGAGCACUUACAGACGUUGUCCUAAACGGGGACGUGGCGUAGAUCACGCUCUUGUUGUCGCGCUUUCACGUAAAUGUGCGCAGUUCAGCACGGAGCUGAGUCCUGCCCUCGGAGGCACCUUCGCUUCACUUCCCACAUCUAUCCGCAGCACGUCGUCAAAAAUCAGGCCUGCACUAAAAGCGAAAAAAGGACUUUGACGAGAAAAUGGACACGUGGACAACAAACGGUUAUUUAAGUUAUUUAUCAAAGGUUUUAUCUUGCAUUGACGCUUAGCGAUAAUUGUAUUGAUCUGUACUUAUUGAAAGCAGAGGCGCUGAUCCCCUGGAUGCGUGGACCAUGAACCGAUACGGAAAAAAACCGAGCUUUGAGGGAAAAGCCAAGCACCCACACUCCCACCUCGAACGACGAUAUGGUUCCGGCAGAAGUACAGUGUUUGAAAACGCAAAAACAAACAGCGAUGACUGAUGUACUUUCAAGUAUUAGAGCAGAAUGGUUUCUGGCUACGUGAAUGUAUCACGAAACAAUAGCAACAACGUCAUCCUGUGUUUUGUUUUUGCUUGCUAGAGUUCUCAAAGAGUCGGCUACAGUACCUUGCUUCUUAAACGCGUUGCACAGUGGACGCCAUCUGUCAAUGACUACUUACCGACAUCUCAUACUUCCGGUAAUGCCAGUUUACACGCAGGACUUCCGGUGAUGUUUUUUUUCUUUUUUUUUAACCCCUGCAAGUUAUGAAAAACGGAAGGGUCUGAAGAAAAAAACAAUGCUUAUUUCACGUUUAUUGGACGUUUUGUUUAUUUAUUUAUUUUUGCUUUAUUAAACAUACUUCAUUGCUUUGGAGUCAAAUUUGAAAAUUUUGACUCCAAGCAAAUUUGAUUAGCGAAUCUAAAAUUCACUUGAUAAAAAAACAAACAAACAAACAAAAAAAAAAACAGUUUUCUUUUAGCCUUUGGCGUUCACUGGUCAUGCGACUUUGUAAUAAUAUAGAGUCAUACAAUUUACAUGCAAGCUGGACCUCACGAUACCAUUUUGCAUAAAGUGACUCUAGAAUAUAUAUAUAUAAAUAUUCUUCUGUAAUGGGGACAUGGACACUGUGGUUGUCGGGCACUUCCGAAAGGACAGUUGUGGGUAUGUGGGAGUGUGCUUAAGGUGCCAAACACAGGGGAGGGGCUUGACUGGAAAACUCGCUGGCCGUGAGAAUGAGAACCAAACAAUCAUCAUACUAGCGUUUCCACCGAGUGUCUGCUCGUGUUAUUGUGUUCAGGUGAACUGUGUUAUGUUAUUUACGAUGAUGACUCGGACUGCAGGUGGGUCUCCGGCGCUGCUGCACUGUGCAUGUGGAUCUAAUGGCUCGGACUUCUAACAGGGAGGGUGUCCAUCAGGACAUGGAGGGGACCGGUCAGCAGACCUCUCUCUGUGUCUUUUUAGGAUGUUUUGUGUGGAUAAAACAUUCUUGCUAUGUACCUACUGGUCUUUUUUGUGACAUGUUGAUCUUAUUGUAUGUGCUAUUACUUGAUACAUUUCUUAAAUGUUUGACCGACAUCGAAAUACAUCACACUGACAGGUUUGUAUACCGAUUUAA